AUGGCUACUGUAGACCCGCCCUUGGGUACCAUCGUCACCAUACCCCAAGGGCGCGGCGUCGUUCGCUUCAAAGGUCCUACCUCGUUUAUGACGACAGGCAAAUGGGUCGGCAUCGAACUGUUUGAGAAGACUGGCAAAAAUGACGGCUCGGUGGAUGGUAUCUCGUACUUCAGCUGUGAUAUGGGCUUUGGAGUUUUCGUACGACCAAGUCAAAUCAAGUCUAUACAUGGCUCCGAGCUCGAUGCAGCUCCCUCAAGACCUGCACCUACAACGCGGCCGGCUGCUGGCCACCAACGGACACCGAGCACAUCUGGACUACUACGUGCAAACUCUUUCAAGAGCCCUCCGUCAUCAAACCCUUCUCCUCGCUCCGCAAGCCCCGCUAAACCCAUAUUACCAUCAUCUGCUAGUUCAUCUAAUCUUUCGCGUCGAGCAUCUCUCACAACGAAAGCCCCUUCUUCCUCAUCACCAACGAAAACCAGCCCAAAUUUAGCGCUCCAACCCCGGAAAACCCUAGUAACGCGUCAAUCUCCUCAGGAUUCACCCCCUCACUUAUCGAGGAAUGGCACAAAUUCGCCGGUCAAGACAGCCGUGCAAAGUGCACCAGCACACCCCUUCACCACGCGGACGUCUUCCCCUUUGACUCUCCCUCCAGUCCAAUUUUCUCCUCGUCCAUCCGAUCCCCCAUCUCCUCGUGUGCCAUCUCCACCCCUACCACCGACGGCCCAAAUUCCACACGACGAUGCCGAACUUCAAGAGCUUCGCGCCAAAAUCCGUGUCUUAGAAGCUAAACGCGCAGAUGACUCUCAACGAAUCCGCGAACUCGAAAGCCGCCUCUCCGAAGCCGAGGCCUUCGUCGCCCUUCGUCCUAAAUUUCAAGCCAAACUCUCACAGCUCCAAACUGAUCUCACUGCGACUAGGCGCGAGCUCGCAGACGCACAGCAGUUGAGCCAACUGUCGGAAAGCAGACUCAUCGAUGCGCAAGAGCAGCUGGAGAUGGUCAUGUUGGACAAGGAGGUCGCUGAGGAGAGGGCAGAGUUGGCAGAGGCAGAACUGGAGGACACCAAAGAGAGACUGGCCAUUUUGGAGGUCGAAGUGGAUGUUUUGCGUGAAGAUGGCAAAGAAACAGGAGACAGUCCUGCGAAGGAUUCCCUCGCGUACAUUCAACUUGAGAAGCAAAAUGAACGCCUCAAGGAAGCCCUUAUCAAGCUGCGCGACAUGACCCAGGAAACUGAGCAAGACCAACGCCGUCGGAUUUCCGAGAUGGAGAAGGACAUGGCCGGCGUCGAUGAUCUGCAAGUUUCUUACGAUGAAACCCUCAUCAAACUGGCCAAUGCCGAAACACAGAUCGAAGACCUGAAACUCCAGCUCGACGAUGCUCUUGCAGCCGAAGACAUGCUUGUGCAAUUAACGGAACGCAAUCUCAUGCUUGGAGAGAAAAUCGAGGAAAUGCGAAUCACCAUCGAAGACCUGGAGGCUCUCAAAGAACUCUCGGAUGAGCUGGAGGAGAACCACGUCGAGACUGAGAAGCAACUGCAUGAGGACCUUGAGGCCAAGGAAUCACAGAUCCAGGAAAACCUUCGCAAAAUCGAUGCUCUUGACGAGACAUGCGCGGAUUACGAGAACACAAUUCAGCAAUUCAGAGAAUUGGUGUUGCAACUUCAAACUGAACUCGAGCAACUACGUACUCAAACUCAAACCGCGCAAUCCGAGUCUGCGACAGCGGCAUCACAAGCGGCCAACGUCAUGUCUUUGAACAUGAGGCUCCAAUCGUCUGCCCAGAAGCACCAGGCACGAACCAUCGAUCUGGAGGUCAAGAGCCUGGAGGCGAAAGAGGCGAGAGAGUUACUCAGCAUCAUCCAGCCCUACCUCCCUCAACUCUACGUCGAGUCCGACAGCGAUGCUACCAGCUGUUACCUCUUCUUCCGUCGUCUCGGGUACAAGCUCGACCUUGUUAACAACGUCGUAGCCCAUAUCCACAACCUCCCCGAGGCUCUCAAUGGGGACGUCUCCGAGGUGCUUGUUGGCGUGUGCGAGAUGCGCAGUCGCAUCUCCGGCCUGUCGACGCUCUGCAAGCGUUUCGCGGCGGUCCUCCGCCGGUGCGACGUUGAGACGUUCUUGAACAUGGGCCGGUUGUACCCCGAGAUUGCUCCCCUUGAGAAGAGGGUUGACAUGCAUAUUGAUUUAUUGAGGAGGGAUGAGUUCAGGGAUAUGGAGUGCGUUAGUGAUAUCGUCAAGAUCCAGGCCCAGUUCGACCACCUUGCAGAGGCCUACUUCGACGGGUUUGAAACAGACCUCGCAGAGAGAGAGUUGGGCUACGUUACUGCGUUUGACCAUGAUCUCGACAUGUUUGCUGCGUCGAUCGCUCUGACGCGGACGUCAGUUUCUUCCUUGAUAAAGGAAGAAGACAUCGUCCUAGAAAUGGGUGGCUACGAUAUCGAUCAAGAACUCUUUAACCCACUUAUCGCUCUGCUCAACCGCUGCAAGAGUGCAAAGACAGUGUCGAAGAAAAUGAUCAAGAGGCUCGAAGACCUUGCCCAAGACUCUGCUGCCGUCAAACCACACCUUAUUCCUCAAAUGCAGAAUCUGAGCAAUUACGUUGAAGAACUCGUCAACUUUGGUAUUGCGGUCGCGCAACAAAUCAUGCCUCACCUCCGAGAUGUCCGCUCAUCCAAGACCGCGUUCCAACUGACCACCGUCCUUGCAGUUGUAAAACAGUCUGCUACAUCGACAGUGGCAAAGGACAUGAAGCCAGGAGCGUCACCAUGGGAUGCUAUUGGAGACUCGAUCGGUCAUCUCAUUGAAGAAAGCACCAAACUUGUACAGCCCAUCCUGGGACCAGAGAACGUGCAGAAGAUCACUGGCACAGCCCCUUGGGUUUCUCGUAUCGCUGAGAUCAAAGCUGCUCUCGCCGUCAACGUCGAAGCUGAACGCAAAGUCGCCUCUCUCAACGAUGAGAUGCAAGCGCUCGCUCGAUCCGUCAGGACAAAGGACCAGACUAUCCAAGAGUCGACUGUCAAGAUCGAGCUCAUGGAGCGCAGGCUUGAGGCUGUCAAGAAACAAGCUGAUGCUAUUGUCGAACUCGAGAACGAACUCAUGAAGGCAAGGAAGCAGGAGCGAGCAUACGAGGAGGCCAUGGAGCAGCUCCAGGCCGACUUAGAUACCCUAGAGCAGGAUAAUGCUAAGUUGAAGACAUUAACUGCUGGGCAGGAGAGGCAAGCUGCUGGACCACAAGUCCCUGAGCCCGAGAACGUGCCGAUUGAGGGUAGCCUGGAGACCUCACACCUUCUUGAACAAAUUGAGGCCCUUCGAGGAACAGUACGAUUCCUCCGGAAUGAGAACUCGUACCUCAAAGGGCAUGACCUGCUCCGCGAGAUCGAGGCCCUUCCCCCUCUUCCCCCUCCCGUGCCCCGCACGCCAACUCCUCCGCUCGAUGCGUCAGGAACCUCAGAUUCGGACGAGCCUGCCACACCCCCGACCCUGUUCGCUCUGGAGACAGAGACGAAGAGGCUCUAUCGGGAUAUUAUGAAGUACUCUUCCUCGCCCCGUGUCGUAGACCUCUCCGAGCUCAACGCGAAGCGAGCAGAGGCCAAGGGGGGCAAAGUAUGGAUGCCGAGGAAGAAGACGCCUGCUCACCGAAUUCUGGAAAGGAAGAUGAAUGGCGAACGCCUCACGAGGAGGGUGCACGGGCUGUUGGAGAGAGCGAGUGCAUUGACUGCGAGUUUAUGA